CCCUAACCCCCGAGACAAACCAUCAUCAAUUCAUCUCCAAACGUAAACCCUAAAAAAUGACCAUCGCCUCUCUCACCUGAAUGUGUCAAUCCAACUCAGCUCAGAUCCCCAUAUGGCUCUCGAUUCUUCAGGCGAACAACCCGAGCAGCAGCAGCAGCAGCAGCAGCGACCUCGAGCACCCUCCUCCAAAACCCGCGACGCAAGAUUGAAGCUUCGGAGAACCCCUAACGAAGAGCACGAGCCGGAGAACUAUGAGGAUCUACCGCUGGAUUUCAGCCCGGCUCUGUUCAGCUCGCUCGAGCGCUACUUGCCCGAGAAGGUUCUCAAUUCCACAAGAAUCGAAAAGGCUCGUUUCAUGAGUGAGCUUCUUGAAAGUUACUCCCCUGCCAGUGAGCUAAACCGGAUUCAGAGGCAUAGAGAGUACAGGCAGAGGAUCUUGCCUUCUUACCAGCGUCUGCAUGGAGACAUCUAUACUCUUGACCCUGCUAGCUUCUUCGUGCCUUCGUUUCUUGAUGCUGUUAGUCACUCCUCGGAGGAGAGGUUUAGAAGCAUGGUUGUUCCAUCUGCUCCUGGGAUUUACACUUUUGAUAUGCUCCAGCCACGCUUUUGUGAAAUGUUACUAGCUGAGGUUGAACAUAUGGAGAAAUGGGUCUAUGAUUCAAGAUCCACGAUAAUGAGGCCCAAUACUAUGAACAGAUUUGGUGUUGUCCUUGAUGAUUUCGGCUUUGAAAGCAUGCUUCAGAAGUUGGUUGAUGACUUCAUUAGUCCUAUAUCUCAAUUUCUGUUUCCGGAAGUCUGUGGAACCGGUUUGGAUUCUCACCAUGGCUUUAUUGUUGAGUAUGGAAAAGACAGGGACACUGAUCUUGGGUUCCAUGUGGAUGACUCAGAGGUUUCUUUGAAUGUCUGCUUGGGUAAACAAUUUUCUGGUGGGGAGCUUUACUUCCGAGGUGUGAGAUGUGAUCACCAUGUGAAUUCCGAAAGCGGUGAAAAUGAAAAUUAUGAUUACUCUCAUGUACCUGGACGAGCCAUUCUUCAUCGUGGACGCCACCGCCAUGGUGCUAAAGCUACGACUUCUGGACACCGAGUCAACUUGAUUCUGUGGUGUAGAAGCUCAACGUUUCGAGAGAUGAAGAGUUAUCAAAGUGAUUUCUCAAGUUGGUGCGGAGGAUGCAAAGUUGAUAGACAGAAUAGGCGGCAAGCGUCAGUUAAAGCAACCAUGGAGUUGCUGAAGAGGAGAACAGCAGAGAAGACGCUUGUUGAGCUCUCUUCAACACCACCUGCCGACUAAACUUAUUAUUAACUGUGUCAAAAAAAAAAAAAACUACGUUCUUUGUAUCAUCAUUUCGGUGUCUUGUGUAUAUUAGAGGCAAUGGAAACGGUUUGUUUGUACGCAUUAGAUUUAAAUUGUCACAUUUUUCAGAUUUCUGUAUCAAUAAGUGAAGCCAAAUGAAAACACA